AGUAAUAGUAAGGUCCGGACCGGACCGGAGACUUCCGUCUCUUGCAGGAUCGGACUUUGAUAGUCAUAGCGUCAAACCCGUGCGAAUUCCAUUCUCUCAAGCAUCAAAAUCCAAAACCCUAUUCAUUUUCUGGUUCGGUAUUAUCUCCCACGGAAACAAAACCCUAGAACCCGGAUUCCCUUUGGCCCUUUUGGCUUAUAUUUUAUCUGUACGAAAAUUUCCCCUUCCGAUGCGUGUUCUCUUUUAGCUUUUAGAUACCUAUCUUUAUCUUGUUUUCUAAAAAGAUUAUCGGAAAAUUCAUUUGCUUUACGUGAUUAAUUUUGGAUUUAGUUCUUGGGAGGUGGGGGGUUUGCCCGAGCCGAAGUGUUUUUCCUGAUCCGGAAAAGCCGGUCGAAAUUGUGUUGCAAAUGGGCAAAAAUGCGUUUCUCACAGUUUUUUUCUUGUUUAUGAUUGUUCCCGAUGUUUGCGAUGCUUCCUUACUCUUGAAGUUCAGAAAGCUGGUCGGUGCGGUGACUAAGGAUUCUAGCAUCCCGAGUUCCCCGUCGCCGAGUCCAGUUCCUUCUAACAAUAAAUCGAGUGCUAAGCCAGCCGAUGGGUCAACGAACAACGAACCGGAGCCUCCGGUACCAAUAAAGUCAACCCAGGUGGAUUCCAUGGGUGGAACAACACAAAAGAAGAAGCAUGAGCAGAAGACCAAUGAUUCGCUAGUGCCGAGCACUGACAAGUGUAUAGAGCGGGUGGAUGUGACAUGCAACGACCGUGGGAGCAUGACUGCCUGCAUAAAAAACUAUCAACGCGGGUCCAAAGAAUUGCUUGUUCUAGUCCUCAAUGGAGGGGGGAGCGAUUUGAAAGUGAAUUUUACAGUGGAAAGCAAUAGUACAAUGCUGGAAAUACUCAAACACCAUACUAAUAGGACCAAGAUUUUGUUAACUGAUGACAAAAGCUCCAAACUCAUAUUAAAUGCUGGAAAUGGUGUUUGUGAGCUUCCUGUGGGCCCUCCUGUAGGAGCAAACUUUUAUGUGCGUCUCCCUUCAUUUCACAAUCUGGUGACACCAGUCAAUGGUGCAUACUUCUUGAUCCUUACAGUGCUUGUCUUUGGAGGGACAUGGGCGUGCUGCAAGCUUAGGAAGAGGAGGCAUCCCGGUGGAGUCCCAUAUCAAGAGCUUGAAAUGGGUCUGCCGGCAUCUGUUUCAGCUACAAAUGUGGAAACAGCAGAAGGUUGGGAUCAGGGUUGGGAUGAUGACUGGGAUGAAAAUAAUGCAGUGAAGUCCCAAGGACUUGUAGGAAGCAUUUCUGCAAAUGGCCUUACUUCUAGAUCUUCAAACAGAGAUGGAUGGGAAUAUGACUGGAAUGACUAGUUAUUUGACAGACAAUUGUGGCAGCGGAAAGAGAAAUUUUUGCUAAAAGGUAGGAGAAGUAGCAGAGGAUGUACUAGAAAUUAAAAAAGAAAAAAAAUCAAUGUAGAACAAAUAGGAUCAUGAAAAAAGGAGUACAAAACUUUCCCACGCUUGUGUUAUUUUUGAAUCAAAAGUCGGGCUUUCUUGAUCCUUUCAUGUUAUAGUUGAGGUCUGUACAAAUCUUGUUUUGUUUUAGGAUUUUGAAGCACGGGAGGUAAAAAGUAUUUACCUUUCUGUACCUUAUCUGUACUCAUCUUUAAUUAUAUUUUUUUGGAAAGACUGAAGAGGUGGAGAAUGGAGUUUAAGGUCA